ACAUUAAAUCAAGUUAUUUCUAGAUACAGAACUAGGAAGAACAGGAAUCUUUGUGAGUGAAGAGCAAAAAAGUGAAGCAAAAUUAGAAUCAUAGAAUGUAUGUGACUAGGCCUUUGUCUCUUUAUAAGAAGUCCAUAGAAGCACUCUCCGUGCCUCCACCUGAAGGCCCAAAUUCUGGUAUUCUUGUAAUCCAAGAUGAAGAAUUGAAACCAACCUCUUGUUUUGGGUUGGGAGAGCUCCAUGAAGUAAAGGAGUUGCCUUUCCCUCAAAAUUUGAACCUUGAGUUGUUUUAUAGAUCAGGGAUUUCACUGAACAGAACCACUCAUUACCACCAUGUGGCCUUCAUUCCAGUUCUUAAUCAACCAUUGUCUUCCAACAAAUACUAUGUGAUACAACUCAAUGGGAAGAAAAGAGGAGAAGUAUACAUUAGCUCAAAGGAGGAAGAUUUGGAGACCUUCUGUUUCUACAAUGCUGUUGCUGAUGUACCACUACACCCAAUAGAUAUCAGUGAUACGCAUCAAGAGUUUGAGAUAUAUCCUAGAAGAAGCAAAGUUACUUUGAGGAGUGGUUUUUCAGCUGAAUCUGUUGCUCCAAAUGGAUACCCUCCAAGAUUUUUGAGUAGAAGGUGGAAAGUGAGUGCUUCAACUUCAAGUGAUUCUAGGCUAGGAGAAGCAUCAGGUGUAAAUCAAGCCCUACGUGCCAGCAAGCCAGAAUUCAAAUUCUCAUUGGCAAAGGAAAGUUCAGAAAAUGUUGUUGUGGGAAAUUGGUAUUGCCCCUUCAUUUUUAUUAAGGAAGGAACUCACAGAACAUUGAAAGAAGAAGUGAGAAAAUCAAUGUUUUAUGAGAUGACACUGGAGCAGAAAUGGGAAAAAAUCUUUGCAUGUGAGAAUGAGCAUGGAAUGGGAAACACUGUGAAUGUGAAUGCUGUUGUUCAAAACGAAGUGGUCGUGAUUGCUGGCUGGGAAGCUGUGACUGAUGAGAUGGAUAUUGCUGAGGGUGUUUUGUGGUUCCAUAGUUUCAACAAUGUUGGAGAAAAGAAUAGUGUGGGAUUGAACAUUGCGAUAGUUGAAAGAAUCAAGUGGGAGCAGGAAAGAGUUGGGUGGGUUGGAGGGAAGGAAAAGGAAGUUAGAGUUGAGAAAGUGGAAGAAUUUAGAGGGACUAAUGGAUGGAAGAAAUUUGGAUGUUAUAUGUUGGUUGAGACUUUUGUGCUAAAAAGAUUGGAUGGAAGCAUAAUACUAACUUAUGCUUUCAAACACCAUCAUCAAAUUAGAAGCAAAUGGGAAUAAAGAUUUCUGGUACUGGUUUUAGACCAAGCCAAACUCAUCCAAAUUGGUGUUAAGUGUAUAUCCCCUAUGUCUUAGUGAAUGAAAAGAAUGCCUAGUCUUGUAGUCUGCAUAUUCAAUUUUGUGCCAGCUUGUUGAUUGAUUCAUUCAGUUUUGCAGUGUAAUCAUUUUGAUACUCCAUAAAGAUUAUAAGGAUAAACUAUUGAGAUCUUUCUUCAUGUUUUUCUGCAUUCAGAAAACAUUGUUGCCUGAAGGUUGGAAAUAUCUCGUUAAUUUAUGAACCAAACACUCAAUAUAUUGGAUCCCGGGCGUAAAAAAAAAUACAUAUAUUAGAUCAUGAGCCUAAACCUCAGAUGUAUUGUAUGAACUUGAGGACUGGAUGCACUGACCUUUGAGCCGAAAGCUUACACACAAUCAAAUACUAUAGGUGCAAACAAAAGCUUUAAAACUAAUAAUGAAAAUAAUCAAAUUCUAAAAGUACAUGACACAAGCAAAGCAAAAAUUGCAUAUUUGACAGGUUAUACUGAAAUUAUUUAACCUCAUAAUCACACUAAUAUGCACAAAAGAAGAAGCGAUGGAAGGUUAUUAUUUAUGAUCCUAAAUUCAAAGGGAUUCAAAAACUUGCAUAUUAGCAGUGUGUUCCAAUAUGAGCUUGGUUUCACCCUUAUUAAACCAAGUCUACUAUUGGAAGAAUAUAUGAUGAAAUUAACCAAGCACAGGAGUUUACCAAGAGAUGGAUCAAGAAGCCAGCUUCAAGUGUUGAAAAUCAAGACCAGACAAGAGCAUACUGAGAAAAAUAAAUGAUCACCCCGAAAUGCACUCACAACUUGAAAUGUUUGAAUAGCUUGGGCUCGGUUGAAGAAGUCAAAUGGUUGAAUCACACAAAGGGACGAGAAGCGGCAAAUGUUUAAUUUUUUUAUCCAUUUUCCAGCAUUGGACACAAAACAAUUAGCAUUUUUGGUUUCAGAUGAAAUAUCUAGACUGUAACUGCAAAGAAAUGUAGUUUCAAAAGGUGGUCAUCAUUUAUCUGGACUUAGUUUGACUCGUGUGCUUGAAAUUAUAAGUUUAUGAAAAUAUUUUAUAAUUUUGUUU